UAAUUAGCAACUGUGUUGGACUGUGACGCACUUACGUUAUGCAAGUGAUUUAUUACAUUUAUUUAAAUCAAAGUACGAUCUCUUGAAAUUUUUAUAUUCAAAUGUGACGAAGUUUUUGAUUUUCGUUUUGGGUUUGGUUACAGAAACUAGGAACCGCCGAACCGGACAUCGUCCACACGUGGUGAAUUGGUGAACAAACUCAAAAAUUCCGAUUAUUCGUUCUUGCAUUUCUUAGAUUCUGUUUAGAAGGUUUAGAAUGAACGCAACAUCUGUUCAAGAAUUGCGGCGUGGACUAUUCCGUAUCAAUAAUAUUUGUACCAACUGAAAUUCGAAAACUGAUAAAAUGGUUUAAUACAUGCAAAUGGCAACCAUGCACCUAGCUCCGUAGCUUCACAUCAUAUCCACACACUCGAUUGACGUUUAAUUUUUGAUAACAUUUUCAUAAACUUUGGAAGCAUUCUCGUAACUUUCGGCAAUUUAUGGAAUAUUCAGCAUCAGCUUAUCUGCUUGGAAUUUUCGAUCUUGAAGAGGAACUUGAAGUCGUUUAAUACGUGAUACCUGGUGAUACUACUGUCUUGUGUGAAAUGUCAGGCAAGUCAAUGAUCUCGUUACAAGAAGUACGUCCAGGAUUGAUCCGUAUACAUUGGGAUUUCAUUGGCCUUAUGAGUGAAGUUGGUGUGUACACAGAGACAGUUUGUCUGUAUCGAUAUCAACUGGGACUGACCUACACAAUCACUUACCAUCUGGAAAGCACAGGUGGCAGUUUAAAUUAUCUAUACACUGUCACUGUUGAAGAAAGUCUGUGUAGCUGUGCUUGCUGUAAACUAUGCUGUAAUGAAGCAUCAGACUCCACCAUUGAAAAGUUCAAGACACUGCAACCAAAUCGAUCAUCAUCACAUGUUAAGGCACCAGAAGCUGAAGUCCUUCGCCCCCUCUACAUGUGGCUAAAAAGUGCUUACGCUGAAUGCAGAGACAUGCCACUACAACAAAUGAGUUCAAUCAAGUGGAAAGUAUCGAGUGAAAUCAGCAAGACACGUGAUCUUCUCACACUGUACAUCGAUUUCGGGACGAAUACUUUGAGCCAACGGAACAUCAGUAAUGGGCUGGCCGAAAUGUUUACCAAUCAAAUUCUAUGUGACGUUCAAUUUCAUUUUAACGACGGGCAGACGAUCGGUGCUCACGCUGUAAUUCUGUCUGCCGGGAGUCCAGUUUUCUCGGCAAUAUUUCAUUUGAAAAUGUUGGAGUCGCAAACUCGGCAAGUGAAAAUCACCGACUGUGAAGCUGAAGUAUUUCAACAACUUUUGAUUCAUCUGUACACGGGCAACGCUCCAAGACUGGCGGAGGAAAAUCUCACACAGUUAAUUUUUGCGGCCGCAGAUAAGUAUGGAGUGUCGACACUGAAAGGCGAUUGCGUCAACGUGUUAUUAAAACGAGUAAGAGUCGAUAAUGCCAUUAAGUUGUUGACCUGGUCUCACUUCAACACCAUCCCGAAACUCUUCGUAACCUCCAUGACAUUUUUGGUGGAAAACUGCCGCGAAAUUUGCCUUCAGUCCGAAUGGAUAGAUUUUACCAAGAACUACCCUGACUUGUGUGUGUUGGCCACUCAGCGUAUGAUCGCCUUGGUCCCCUCAUCGACUGUCCCAUCGCCUGAAAAUUAAUUCUCUCCUGUUCUUUGCCUAUAAUGCUUCUUUCUUUUAAAUUUUGUUCUUGAAAUUUUUGUAGUUACUUUUUUUAUUUUUUAGAUCUUUUUGUGUUUAUUCGUUAAAUGGACAUCCAGAAGAAACAAAUUGUUUCCAAAAGACAACAUUGCUAUUAUUGAUGGUCAUGGUAUUUUAAUUUACAUAAAUCUCCUCAUCUCCUUUUCAUGAAUCAAUUUGUAAUUUUGUGCAGGCUAUGUUUGAGACUCAGAAAUUCUGAUAAGUAAACCUUAAAUUGAAAAUCUCA